AGUAUAUUCCUUAUACAAAAUUUUUACGACCUUCACCACAAAAAUGUCAACAGCUUCGACUAUCGCGACCGAUGCAGCCGUCGUACCGCUGACCGAUUUGGCUCAGUCUUAUGAUACAAUAUUGAUCCUCGAUUUCGGGUCUCAGUAUUCUCAUCUGAUCACCCGAAGAUGUCGUGAACUUAACGUUUAUUGUGAAAUGCUUCCUUGUACAUUCAAAGUUUCUCAACUGAAAUGGCGUCCGAAAGGGAUCAUUCUGUCUGGUUCACCUUACUCUGUCUACGAGGCCGAUUCGCCUAGGGUGGAUCCCGAGGUGUUUGAACUGGGCGUUCCAGUCUUCGGUAUCUGUUAUGGACUACAAGAGAUUUCGCGAAGCUUUGGAGGGAAAGUGAUUGCAUGUGACCAUAAGGAGUACGGUAGUGCGAUGUUGGAUGUCUGUAAAGCUGAGAACCUCGAAGGCGGAAAAAACGUCCUGUUCGAUGGAUUGGGAGCUCAAGUUCAGGUUUGGAUGUCUCACGGUGAUCGUCUAGAUAGCUUACCAGAUAAUUUUCAAAUCUUGGCCACUACUUCCUCCGCUCCUUAUGCAGCCAUCGCCCACAAAUCUAAACCAAUCUACGGCGUUCAAUUUCAUCCUGAAGUCACUCAUUCUACUAAUGGCAAACAAAUCAUUGAGAAAUUCGUGAUUGGUGUCUGUCAAUGCAAGCCGGAUUGGACCAUGGCAACCUUCAUCGAUAAAGAAAUCGCUCGAAUUAGAAGUGUAGUGGGGCCAGAUGACCAAGUGAUUGGAGCAGUAUCUGGAGGGGUCGAUUCCUCGGUGGCCGCGAAGUUAAUGAAUGAGGCGAUCGGCCAUCGAUUCCAUGCAAUCAUGGUUGAUAAUGGACUUCUUCGUAUGGAUGAGGCCCAACAAGUUCAACAGAUGUUGAAGGUCGAUCUCGGAGUCAAUCUAACGGUUGUUGAUGCUAGUCAAACCUUCCUGGACGUCUUGAAAGAUGUCGAGGAUCCCGAGACCAAACGAAAGCUAAUCGGGAACACAUUCAUUCACGUCUUCGAGGCCGAGGCUGCAAGGAUCGAAGCCCAACAAGCCAGUCAGGCUACCAAAACUCAUCAAGGAACGAUCAAAUUCCUUCUCCAAGGUACUCUCUAUCCUGACGUGAUUGAGAGUAUUAGCUUCAAGGGUCCCAGUGCAACCAUCAAAACCCAUCAUAACGUUGGUGGCUUGCUGGAUAACAUGAAGCUGAAACUGAUUGAGCCCCUUCGCGAGCUAUUCAAAGAUGAAGUGAGAGCACUAGGAAAGCUGCUACACAUCCCAUCCAACCUCACCAAUCGACAUCCCUUCCCUGGACCUGGCUUGGCAAUUCGUAUCUUAGGCCCAGUUAAUAAAGCCCAGCUCGACAUUGCCCGAAAAGCCGAUCAGAUCUUCCUCCAAGAGAUCCACAAGGAGUCCGGGCUUUACGAGCAGAUCAGUCAGGCCUUUGCCGUCCUCCUACCCGUCCGAGCCGUCGGUGUUCAAGGCGAUAAGCGCACUUACGAACAGGUUAUCGUCCUCAGGGCUGUUAAGACUGAAGACUUCAUGACUGCCGAUUGGUUCGAUUUCCCUCCUCACGUUCUCAGGGCUGCUUCAUCCCGUAUCACUAACGAAGUUGCAGGUGUCAAUCGAGUCACUUAUGAUAUUUCUUCCAAGCCUCCUGGUACUGUUGAGUGGCUAUGAUUCUCUUAUUUCAGCUUUUGCUCUCAUUUUCAUUUUCAUUUUCAUUCCUUUUGCUUUGCUUUUUUUUUGCUUCUCUCCAUCUGGGCUUUGUGUUUUUCAAGUCAAAAUAAGAUUUCUUAAUAUCCUCCAAUCACUCAGAAAAGCAAGAGAUCCAAUCACGUAGAAAAUCAAGAGAAUAAAUGACUGCAUGAUGAAG